CAUACCCACGUCUAUGGAGCCACACCACCAAACCACUUGACAGUAUAGCUUUUUCUAUUUCUCUCUCCUUAGAUGCUUCAUACUCCAUAGUCAUCUUCCUGGCACAUGCCAAACGAUCAUACAUACAACUCAAGUUCACUCACUGACUCACGGAAACUCUCCCAUCAAGCAACCUUCCUCUCUUCCACUUUCACAGUUCUCACGCUCUUCUAAGUCUAGCUCUGUCAUUCAUAUACAUGAUCACAUAUUUUCUGUAUCUGUAGCUCGAACCAAACCUUUUCUGUUUUCCAAUACCCAUAAAUCUCUCUCUCUCUCUCUCCUCUAGCAAGAGCAUACAAACAAUGUUGAUUCAAUUCUUUUCUCUCUCUUCUCUCAUCGUUUACCUCCUACCCUUCUCCUUCCUCACGCACCCUGCAACUUCUGCAACAGAAUCCUUUGUGUAUGGUGGCUGCUCUCAGCUAAAAUACAACCCAGGGACACCCUACGAGUCCAACGUCAACUCGGUACUCACCUCCCUGGUUAACUCAGCCUCCAUCUCAAACUUCAACAACUUCAAGAUUUCCCUCCCCGGCUCGACCCAAAGCGACAUCGUCUACGGCCUCUUUCAAUGCCGCGGCGACAUGAGUAACUCAGACUGUAGAAACUGCGUGGCUCGAGCGGUGAGUCAACUCGGAACGCUCUGUGUUGGCACGUCCGGUGGCGCGUUACAGUUAGAAGGUUGCUUUAUUAAGUAUGACAAUACAUCGUUUUUGGGGGUAGAGGACAAGGCUGUGGUGUUGAAGAAAUGUGGGCCGUCGAUUGGGUAUGACACUGACGCGUUGACUCGUCACGAUGCUGUUCUGGCAUAUCUUACGGCUGGCGGGCAGUAUUUUCGAGUUGGUGGGUCCGGGAAAGUCCAGGGUAUGGCGCAGUGCGUACAGGAUUUGAGUCUGAGCGAGUGCCAGGACUGUCUAUCAGAGGCGACCGGACUGUUGAAAAGCGAGUGUGGGUCCUCGGCUUGGGGUGAUAUGUACUUGGCCAAGUGUUACACGCGGUACUCGGAGAGUGGCUCUACCUCGAAAAGCGAUUCUAAUGAUAAUGAAGUUGAGAAGACGCUCGCAAUAAUUGUUGGACUCGUAGCUGCUGUUGCAGUGCUCAUUGUUUUCCUCUCUGCUUUAAGUAAAAUGAUGGAUAGGAAAGGUCGUAAAUAAACUACAAGUUGAAGGCAUUUUCAUUGUGUUUCCUCUCUCCAACCUUCUCUGGUAAAUUGCUUUGCUUUCGGUGAUCUUUUGCUUUAUAGUUCCUACUUUUCUCACACCAUGUUUUUGUGAAAUUUCCUUCACAUUUCCUCCAAAGCAAAACUCAAAAUGAAAGAUAGAGAUGUGCAUGGAAACAAGUGCAUUGAAACAAAUAAAAUAAGAAAGGUAGCUGAAAGAGCAAGUGAAGCUUAAAGAUUCCACACUCCCUAUAGGCAUAAUGGGGCAAUAAUACUUUUGUAAAGGUGCUAUGUGGUGCUGGUGAGCAAGAGUGUUAUUAUUGCUACUUUUAGGUUAUGAGUUGUAGAUUAAUGUCAAUUCAAACCUUUAAUUCAUUGUAAAGUAAAGCUUUAAUAUAGUUCUUCUU